GUACCAGGCUAUACCAGCAUCAGCGAAGAGCCGGCGUUCUUGAGACUUGAGAGAGGAGAGCGACCGACGACCUCGAAGCUUGGCCUGCGCGGUGGUGACGAUGGAUGUCAAAUGCCGGCGUCUGGAGGGGAAGGUGGCCGUCGUGACGGCGUCCACGCAGGGGAUCGGCCUAGCCAUCGCCGAGCGCCUCGGCCUGGAGGGCGCCGCCGCCGUCGUCUCCUCCCGCAAGCAGAAGAACGUGGACGAGGCCGUGGAGGGGCUCAAGGCCAAGGGGAUCACCGUGGUGGGCGCCGUCUGCCACGUAUCCGACGCACAGCAACGCAAGAACAUCAUCGAGACGGCCGUCAAGAACUUUGGGCACAUUGAUAUUCUUGUCUCCAACGCUGCUGCAAAUCCUACUGUGAAUGUCAUACUUGAAAUGAAAGAGGUUGUUCUCGAUAAGUUGUGGGAUAUUAACGUCAAGGCUUCUAUUCUUCUUAUUCAGGAUGCUGCUCCCCACCUACGGGCAGGGUCAUCUGUGAUCCUUAUUUCUUCAAUUGCUGGUUACAAUCCUGAGCAAGGAUUGACAAUGUAUGGUGUUACAAAGACCGCUCUCUUUGGUCUCACAAAGGCUCUUGCUGGUGAGAUGGGACCCGAUAUUCGUGUUAAUUGUAUAGCCCCUGGUUUUGUUCCGACACGGUUUGCUAGUUUCUUCAUAGACAACGAGACCAUUAGGAAAAAGCUUAACGAGAGGACUAUGCUUAAGAGAUUGGGUUCCGUGGAAGAUAUGGCGGCAGCUGCCGCAUUCCUGGCAUCUGACGAUGCAUCAUUCAUCACAGCUGAAACCAUUGUUGUUGCUGGAGGGGUGCCGUCGAGAUUGUAAAUUUGGCUCAAGUUUGUACCGAUUGUUACUAGGUUGGUGACAUAGCAACUAUACUGUAAUAAUCCACUCUGAAAAUGUGGGUCGUGCUAAGUUGGCCACCGUUAGAUCUAAUAAUUUUUUAGGUGUCUUGGUAUUUGUUUGAGAUAAUAAUCUACUCAGAUUAUCUGUCACUUAGUUCAAAUUUUAUUGGAUUAUAUAAUAUAAAUAGAUAAUCCCAAA